GCCGCCGCGGCAGGAAAUCGGGGCUGGGCCCCGGCGGCGCGCGAUCCCAUCCCAGCCCCGUCCCCGCCGAGCGAUCCCCGGGCCGGGUCAUGGACGCAGCAGAGCCGGGGCUACCCCCGGCUCCCGAGAGCAGGAAGAGGUACAGUGACAUCUUCCGGAGCCUGGACAACCUUGAGAUCUCCCUGGGGAAUGUGACCUUUGAGAUGCUGGCUGGAGACCCUGCACUUUCAGGAGACCCAGAGCCUGACAAGACCCCCACAGCCACUGUGACCAGUGAAACCUGCCGUUCCAGUGGCCCCUCCCCAGAGGGUCCUGCACCCCUCACAGGGGAGGAACUGGACUUGCGGCUCAUUCGGACCAAGGGGGGUGUGGAUGCAGCCCUGGAGUAUGCCAAGACCUGGAGCCGCUACGCCAAAGAGCUGCUGGCCUGGACCGAGAAGAGAGCCAGCCACGAGCUGGAGUUUGCCAAAAGCAUCAUGAAGAUCGCUGAGGCUGGCAAGGUGUCAAUCCACCAGCAGAGCCACAUGCCGCUGCAGUACGUCUACACCCUGUUUCUGGAGCACGACCUCAGCCUGGGAGCCCUAGCCAUGGAGACAGUGGCCCAGCAGAAAAGAGACUACUAUCAGCCCCUGGCCGCCAAACGGACUGAGAUUGAGAAGUGGCGGAAGGAGUUCAAGGAGCAGUGGAUGAAAGAGCAGAAGCGGAUGAACGAGGCGAUGCAGGCGCUGCGGAGGGCCCAGCUCCAGUACGUGCAGCGCAGCGAGGAUCUGAGGGUGCGCUCCCAGGCGUCCCCCGAGGACCCGGCCCCCCAGGCCUCUCUGGGACCCAGCAAGCAGCAGGAGCGGCGGCGGCGCUCGCGAGAGGAGGCCCAGGCCAAGGCGCAGGAGGCCGAGGCGCUGUACCAGGCCUGCGUCCGCGAGGCCAACGCGCGGCAGCAGGACCUGGAGGCCGCCAAGCAGCGGAUCGUGUCGCACGUGCGCAAGCUGGUGCUGCAGGGGGACGAAGUGCUGAGGCGGGUGACCCUGGGGUUGUUUGGGCUGCGGCGGAAUCAGGCGGAGCAUGGCCCCCGGGCCUUUGCCGCCCUGGCCGAGUGCUGCGUGCCCUUCGAGCCUGGCCAGCGCUACCAGGAGUUCGUGCGGGCCCUGCAGCCCGAGGCCCCACCGCCCCCGCCGCCAGCCUUCUCUUUCCAGGAGUUCGUGCCUGCCGGGCACAGCUCCCCUAUGGACACAAGAAAGAAGCUGUCUGGCCCCCCACAUCCACGGCUGGACGAGAGCGCGGCUGAGCCAGGCCCUUGGGAGGACGCAAGCACAGGCUGGCAGGGGACUCCGGGCCCCACGCCAGGCAGUGACGUGGACAGCAUGGGUGGUGGCAGCGAGUCUCGGUCCCUGGAUUCUCCUACUUCCAGCCCAGGCCGUGGCACAAGGCGGCUGGUGAAGGUCUCAUCCACAGGCACUGAGUCCUCAGACGACUUUGAGGAGCGAGAUCCUGACCUGGGAGAUGGGCUGGAGAACGGGCCAGGCAGCCCCUUCAGGAAGUGGACACUGUCCAGCGCAGCCCAGACCCACCGGCUGCGACGGCUGCGGGGCCCAGCCAAGUGCCGAGAGUGCGAGGCCUUCAUGGUCAGCGGGACCGAGUGUGAGGAGUGCUUUCUCACCUGCCACAAGCGCUGCCUUGAGACUCUGCUGAUCCUCUGUGGACACAGGCGGCUCCCAGCCCGGACCCCCCUCUUUGGGGUUGACUUCUUGCAGCUGCCCAGAGACUUCCCGGAGGAGGUGCCCUUUGUGAUCACCAGGUGCACGGCUGAGAUAGAACAGCGCGCCCUGGGUGUGCAGGGCCUUUAUCGAGUCAGCGGGUCUCGGGUCCGAGUGGAGCGGCUGUGCCAGGCUUUAGAGAACGGCCGAGCGUUGGUGGACCUCUCGGGGAACUCGCCUCACGACAUCUCGAGUGUCCUUAAGCGAUUCCUCCAGGAGCUCACUGACCCCGUGGUCCCCUUCCACCUCUACGACGCCUUCAUCUCUCUGGCUAAGACCCUGCAUGCAGACCCUGGGCUCGACCCCGGGACCCCCAGCCCCAGCCCUGAGGUUAUCCGCUCGCUGAAGACCCUCUUGGUGCAGCUGCCUGACUCUAACUACAACACCCUGCGGCACCUGGUGGCCCAUCUGUUCAGGGUGGCUGCACAGUUCGAGGAAAACAAGAUGUCUGCCAACAACCUAGGCAUUGUGUUUGGGCCGACGCUGCUGCGGCCGCCGGAUGGUCCAGGAGUAGUGGGGGCCGGCCCUGUCACCUGCCUGCUGGACUCUGGGCACCAGGCCCAGCUUGUGGAGCUCCUCAUUGUGCACUACGAGCAGAUCUUCGGGAUGGAUGAGCUCCCCCUGGCAACUGAGCCCCCACCCCAAGACCCCAGCCCAGCCCCUGGGCCGCUCACAACCAGCCCCCAGCUGCCACCCCCACACCUUGCCCUGAACCCCCUGCCCCUAGCCCUCACCUCAGACCCCGCCGCAGACCCUGAGUCCCACGGUGCCCUGGAGAAGCAUCCGGAGGCCGUACCCCCUGAGAUUCCAACUCCACAGAGUGCCCAGAGAGAGGAAGUGGCUGAAGACACCAAAGAUGAAGGAGAGGAAGUGCCCAGCCAAGGCCCCGAGGACUCACUUCUGGGGACACAGUCCCGUGGCCACUUCAGCCGCCAGCCAGUGAAGUAUCCCCGGGGAGGCGUGCGGCCUGUCACCCACCAACUAUCCAGCUUGGCCCUGGUGGCUUCUAAAUUGUGCGAGGAGACCCCUGUCACACCCCCAGGGAGCUUGCGGAGGCAGGGGCCUGGCCCUGCCACCGCCUCCCCUGAGGGCAGCCCCUUGCGCCGCACCCCACUGCCCAAGCAUUUUGAGAUCACCCAGGAGACAGCCCGGCUACUCUCCAAGCUGCCCAGCGAGGCUGUGCCCAAGGCCACCUGCUGCCCGGACCCCCAACCUGAAGAAGUUGAGGACCAUCUCUGACCAUCCCAGCACUCUGACCAAGGGGCCCAGGACCAAGAAGAUGGAUGCACUUCUUCCCAGGAGUGCAAUGUUGUGGGGGUCUGGAGAGUUCCUAUAAGGAAAGACUACACGGCCUGGGGGAGGACUAAAACCCUUUUUGGGGCCAUGUACGAGGAUACCCCCAACUGGACACAGGUCACUACCAAGCAUCAGGCCUACUCAGGUUCAGAGGUCACUCAGGGUCAAUACUCAGGGUCAAUACAACUCACAGGAUCCUUGGGGUCCACCCUAGUCUCUGACCCCUGGAACAGGGGUGCCUUUUGCUACUUUGGUUGUGGCCACUCCCCCACCUCCACCUGCUUCUAGCUGAGCCUAAGUGACCAGCUCUUGGAGGGGGUGGGCAGCCCAGACUUGACAUCCUGGUGGUGCCCAGAGUCUGGUGGCCUCUGAAUAAACCAUGUGUCCUUU